AUGAGCCAGCUCGACUACUUCACCACGAAGCUUCCAGCAGAGACACGCGUACUGAUAUACGAAUUCCUGUUCAGCGACUCACGCUAUGCCCGACGCCAAAGCGGUGAUCGAACACCAAUAGCAGCAAUCAUCUCAACAUGUACUCUCAUCAGUACUGAAGCUUUGGACGCUUUCUACAACCUCAAGACUGUCCGUCUGAUGGUGUACCAAUUGCGGAAAGCACUCUCGUCCAAGACUUUCUGCAGACACGUUCGCGAAGUGCAGAUAUAUGGUUCUUAUGACCCAGACGAGUCAAGGUCGUUGCAUCGUGUGAUACGCCAAGCAUUGCGCCUACCCAAGCUUCGGUCUCUCAUCAUCGCGCUCGAUAUCUUGGCAGAUCCUGACGACUUCGAUACGGCUAUACUCCCGCCGCCGAACGAGGGUUCGAUGUUCAUCGAUGACUUUGCCGCGGAGAUGGACUUUGGCAAGCUGACAUGCUUUGGAGUUGGACGCUAUCAUCCCACUACUGUGUGGUCCUGGGUCUCGCACACAUCGUUCCCGGUGUGGCUCGCUCUACUACAAGCCACUAUCGACCUUCCACACAACGACGACUGGUGGCAACGUGGCCUUGAUGCCUACCUGAAUUGCGUAAUAUUCGCGCCUGAUCCUCGCCGUACACCUCCCGUACCUCUUCACGGACUGUCGCUUGAGACGGUAGAUGAAAAAGAGUUGAGCUACUGGUCCAAUAUCUUUGCUUUCAAGCUUACUCGGUCCGUCGUUACGGUCGGACGUCCACAGGAGGAUAGACAGGAUGUGCGUCAGAUAUAUUGGCCAGAAAUCGAUGGCCGUGAUCCGAUCGGUCUGGUCAAGAGCCGAGAGGUUCGGUCUUCGGAUGCGGCAUUGGAAGGCUGA